CUGAGAGUAUAACACUGAGAGCUGUCACAGCCCUGUCACCCCCUCCCUCCUCAAUCUCGUAUACGCUCUCCCUCUCUCACUGCUUGCUUCACUCUCUUGCUCUUUCUCACACAUCCACUUUCACUCUGUGUCCUUUUUACCUUUCUCUUUCCGUGCAUCUACUGUGGGGAUGGCCGCUCCAAGUUCUACAGGAUGACCAACAUCACGUCUCCCCUGGACCAUUGCGAAAGACUUCUGGGGACACGUGCCUUGGUGGCUACUGUAUACUCUGUUUACUCCGUCUCUGGGACUUUGGCCAAUGUUUUGGUUAUUUACCUGGUUUGCUCCUUCAAGAAACUCAAGACAACUAGUAAUGCUUUCAUUGUGAAUGGAUGUGUUUCUGAUCUUCUAGUCUGUGCUUUUUGGAUGCCUCAAGAAGCAAUAUUAAUUUCCACUGGCCGUCUGGAGAACCCCACUUACAGGGUCUUCAUGGAGGGGGUAUUUUUCCUUUGGAUGACCGUUUCCCUCUUAUCCCACUCUCUCAUUGCAUUAAACCGCUUUGUGCUCAUCACCAAACUGCCAACAGUAUACCAUACUGUGUAUCAGAAGAGGAACACGGAGUGGAUGAUUGCCAUGGCUUGGGUUCUGCCUCUUGCGUUUCUCCUUCCUUGGCUCUUUGGACAGAGGCCACUUGAAGUUACCUUCCCAUGCCCAACAAUAAAACUUUAUGUAUUUUGGGGCCAUGAGGUCCCAGUGUCCAGUUUCUAUACAGCCAUACUUUCUGCUGUCACCGUGUUAAGCCAAACAAUAAUCCUUUUUCAUUGUUAUUUCCGCAUUUUUAGAAAAGUGCAGGUGAGCCUGAAGCGGGUGAGUGUUCUCAACUUCCAAGUAGUUCACAAUCUCCCUUGUGCGUGCCCUCGCAAAGAUAAACGUUUGGGUCUAUAUGUCUUGAUUGUUUGCUGUGUUUUCACACUGACCACAGAGCCCUUUGCUUGGUCAGUCCUCUAUGGCCUGCUCCAGCCACUACCCCAAAGCAUUGAGAUAUGCAGCUGGCUUUUGCUUUGUCUUCUAUUUGUGCUUAACCCUUUCAUCUACACCUGGAAGAAUGAAGAGUUCAGGAGGUCUUUCCGAGCAGUAGUUGGAGGAGAAUUAUGGAAAAUCUCUGGAAACGGCGCCGAUCCAGCAGUGCAGACAGUUUCCCAAAAUGAACCAUGAGUGGUGUUUAAUCCAUGGCUUCUCUGGUACAUGCCUGAUCCUUUGGGACAGAUACAACAUAGGAUCUCAAGAGAGCAUCUGACUCAGAAAUCAAAGCUUAUUCUCGACUAUGUAUUGCCUCUGUUCUCACUUUUGUAUUGACUGUUUCUAUGGAAACAUUCUGCAUUCAUCCCCUCUCAGCUCCAUGGGCCGGUGUAAAUUAGCCCACGGUGGGCAACAUAGGUUGAAAUUUUCACAAUGCAACAUGUACUAUUUACAGCAGCUGCCAGUAGAGAAUUUCUCAGAAAAACAACGGUCUAGCUAAGUAAUCAGACAGUGUGCUGCAUUCUCAGUUGUUUUGCCAUACGAAAAAAACAUUUCCACAAUAUGUCAAUGGUUUUAUUUUGUUAGAGCCAGCAUUAAGAGAAAAUCAAAGACUUAUAAUGUGUUUAUAGCAGAAACGCACAGCAUGAAAUGUAAAAUAUGUAGAUGAUUUUUCUCCUGAUGGAAAUGAAACGUUUUUACUACAUUUAACAGAUUGAUUAUGCUGCUGUUACUCUUUCAGACUGGAUUAUUGCAGUUAAUACAGGACUCAUGUAUCAUGCUUAGGGCAAUACCUAAACCAGGUGAAAGCUUAAUAUGUCACUUUUACAGAGUACACCCCCCCACACUUGCCUUAUAAUGUAUGUGUAUGUAUGACAAUGCCAGGGACCCCACUGUACUUGAAGAUACGCCCACUGAUGAAUCCUUCGACAGAUGCUUUUCAGAAGCUUUUGGCCUGAUGCCUUGGUGGAGGGAAAGCCAACAGCACAGUAUGUGUUUCUUCUACAGUAUAUGCAGAAUACUCAGGCUUUGUCUGCGACAGAACAGGUAAUGUAUGUCUAAGGUGUACUCCCUGAUUGGCUGGAUUAUCAGCAGAGAUGAAAGGGCAUUUGCCAGAAGCCCCCAACAAUCAAAGUUCCUCCUGGGACAGGAUUGUUCUUGCUUUCAAUGUAAAUUCUUUAUUGUUCUAAAUGUAUUUAAGUGUUUAAUGAGCUAUGAGUCAGUUAUAAAGUGAUUUAAAUAAUUUAUAGGGGUUUGUUUUAAAUCAAGGAAUGGUUUCAGUUCCCACUUUUCUGCACUAAUUCCUAUUCAUUCUACCUCUGGUUUGACUCCAAUGUGGUUGCUGUCAUAGGGCUUGAUUUUGAGUUGGAUCAAUGGGCGGCGAGUGUGCAGCUUUUGCCAGUUGCACAUCUGCGACUUUAUGCUAAUACCUUUACCAGUACUUCCCUUGUGUACAUCUGUGUAGAUGAAUGUGCAAGGACAGAGAGACGCCCACUUUGAGCAGGUCGAGACGCUGCAAUCAUACGUGGUGCAUUUUUAGAUGCUACCAUCAAAACGUGCACCAGCCCUACACUAGGUACAUAUUCUCCUGAGUAUGGCCUCCAAUUUGAGCGAGUAAAUGUCUGUGUAAGCAACACGCCCAUACAACAGAUCCUCUCUGUCCGUCUGAAUAGCAACCACCCAUCACCAAUGUGGUGCCAUACCAACACAAUUGUGACACAUGCAUGGUAGAACUUAGAUGCAUGUGCAGUAAAACCCUACUUACCUACAUCCGACAUGGACAUAGCAGGCGACUCAGAAUCAGGCCCAUAAUCUUGGAUAUUAUAGAGGGUAUUUUAUUCCUAAAAAAAUGACCAAAAAAAUUAUAAAAAUCAGAAUUCAAACAGUCUCUCUUGCUAUGAUGCUUAAUAUGUAACACUGUAAGCUUAUUAUACUCACCUUAAAAGGGAAAGCAGACUUCAAGUGGCAUCUAUUUCAACCUCAUUACUAGAUAGUCUUACUAAAUUUGAAGAGCUGAAGAUAGAUGAAGCUGAUGAUUACUUUAUUAAUGGGGCACCACAAAGCGUCUGCAACACCUUGCAGAGUGCAUACACAGAUAAAAUGCAAUCAAAUAGCAUAGAAAAUACAUAACAUCACAAUACACACAAGCUAGAUAAUUACCAUACAACUGCAGUCAGGGGUGUAUCUACCCAUUGGCCAGGAUGGCACUCGCCAGGGGCGCCAGCCGAGGAGGGGGCGCCGACCAGCAGUGACAUCCUCAGCCAAUGGGUGGACUCACUUAGUAGUGGCAUUGCAUGGCCUGGUGGUUCGCACAGCAGCCAGGAGUUGGUGCCGGUGUUUGGCACCGCAAUGCCCCACAGUGAAGAUACUCAAAAUAAACUACUAGAAUGGUUUUCUUAAUAUAUCACUACAUCACCACUACUAGUUAGUGCGCAUAGAUACCUUUUCACUGCCAUUAAUAUUUCAUUAUACCCCAUGGCCGUGGGUGGCAUCGCCGGGUGAUGCCCCUCCUUGGCCGCGCCAUGCACUGCUUAUAUCUUCACAUUGUGACAAGGAUUACUGUGUGGGCAUGAUGUGUAAGGGGCACUAGUGUGUGACAUAAUGUGUAUAAGGGGUUACUACUAUGUAACGUAAUUUGAAUUGGGAGUAAUAUUGGGGGUCAUUCCGAGUUGUUCGCUCGUUGCCGAUUUUCGCAACCGAGCGAUUAAGGCAAAAAUGCGCAUGCGCAUGGUACGCAGUGCGCAUGCGCUAAGUAUUUUAGCACAAAACUUAGUAGAUUUACUCACGUCCGAACGAAGAAUUUUCAUCGUUGAAGUGAUCGGAGUGUGAUUGACAGGAAGUGGGUGUUUCUGGGCAGAAACUGUCCGUUUUCUGGGAGUGUGCGGAAAAACGCAGGCGUGUCUGGGAAAAACUCGGGAGUGUCUGGAGAAACGGGGGAGUGGCUGGCCGAACGCUUGGCGUGUGUGUGACGUCAAACCAGGAACAAAACGGCCUGAGCUGAUCGCAAUCUGUGAGUAGGUCUGGAGCUACUCAGAAACUGCUAAGAAAUUUCUAAUCGCAAUUCUGCUAAUCUUUCGUUCGCUAUUCUGCUAAGCUAAGAUACACUCCCAUAGCGUGUGCAAUGCUGCUAAAAUCUGCUAGCGAGCGAACAACUCGGAAUCACCCCCAUUGUGCGGUCAUGUCCCUUUUCGACAACAUCAUGCCCCUUUUUUGCAUAUACGCCUUCCCUAUUUCGAAUAUGGGGGGGUGCACCAGUCCCUUACUUUGCCAGGGGCGCCAGGGACCCUAGAUGCACCUCUGACUGCAGUCAGCGCUGGCAAAAGCCUUUACAAUAGUCGGUGGGUACAGUAGACAAGUUCAGGGAUGCUGCAAUGAUAGUUUACAGGUGCAUAUGGAUGGGUGAGUGUAUCAGCAUACGUGUAUACAUUUAUACAUAGGUGUAUAUUUAUUUAUACAGUAUAUGCAUGUACACACACUAUACACAAAAUCGUCUACACAUGUAAAUGAAGUCUGCAGUCAAAAUCCGUGAUGAUAAAUAAAAGGAGCUGGAGGAAAAGUAUCUGCACUGACAUUGCCAGGAGGAAAGAGAAAAGGGAGAGCAGAUAGGAAACCAUUCUCUGAACACCACCUGUCGCUGCUACCUCUGGACUCUGAAACAUAUUUCCCAGGAACAAAUUGCAUACAUCUAAACAAAGAAAUUGAACAUCACACUCACCACUGCAGUAUUUACUAUCUUGACAGUACAGCCCUAUGCAUUACUGGUAUAAUUCUUAAUUUUAUUUGUCUCUUUUGCUGUUAGUUAUGUCUGGGGGUUAUGCUUUUGUGCUUAUUUAUUCACUUUUUUCGGGCAUAGGUUUUGUAGUGUACAUCAAGCUUUUCUUUCUAUGU